AGAGAGACAGAGAGAGUUCAGCUCAGAUCUGAUCCUGAUGGAGAACUGAAGAGAACAAACACAGUCAUGGCACCUACAGUCAGUGCAGCGAGGAUCAACACUGCUGGACAAAUUUCACUCACAAAUAAGCCGAGAAAGCCAAUAGUGGAGAAGAUCCGCAGAGAACGUAUCAACAGCAGCAUCGAGAAGCUCAAGUCUCUUCUGAGUGAAGAGUUCCUGAAGCAACAGCCCGACUCCAGACAGGAGAAAGCUGAAAUCCUGGAGAUGACGGUUGAUUUCUUGAGACGACAGCAGCAGAAGUCACACAAUCUGUCCACCUGCUCUCCGGCAGCUAGUGAGGGUUCCUCCAGAUGUGUUCAGGAGAGCGUCAACUUUCUGUCUCAGUGUCAAGUGCAGACUCAGUCCCACAGAAGACUGCUGAAGCUCUUCCUCAACAUGCAGCCGUCCACAGAGAAGAACACACGUGUCCCGUCUCAACUCAAUUCACCAGCCUGUCAGACCAACAGCACAGAGAAAACUCCAGCCUGCUGUCAACUCUGGAGACCCUGGUAGAGCCACAAGGAGACUUUAAGGUUUAUCAAACAGAAUUCAAGAUGUCACUCUGAGAUUGACAUGUGCUGUAAUUCUAAUGUAGGAAUUUAUUUCCACCUCUGCUACAUUGGCAGAAUGUUUACAUACUUUCUGAGAAAGUAUGAUUUACUGUAACUGUGAUUGAACAGUUAUGUUUUGUCGAAUGUACAGAAUCAUUUGCCAUGUGAAAUGAUUAUUACAUUCAAGAAAUGCAGAUCAAAGUAUUUGGUCAUAGGAAAGUUAAAGUCUGAUUUAGACAUUUGAGCUUUAUCAAGAGUUUCACCCAUAUUGGGUUUCAUUUUUUUACACCUAAGGAUGUUUAACUGCUUUCACACGUAAAGCAGUUUGUAUAUAUUUCUAUUGUUUGAAAUACUUUCAGUGCUAUUCUUAUUAAAUAAGAAAUAUUUCUUCAUUUGAAAGAUGUUUAUUGUGUGUGAAGAGCACUAAUUAUUCUUUAUGAUGUUUGUAUGUAUUGACGUGUGUAUCAGACCCUGUAAAGGUCUGCUGUAUAUAAUCACAUGAUUUAGUUUAUAUGUCUCUUGCAUACUCAUGUUAUCACCUUCUUCGAAGGAACAAUCUUUGUUUCAUAUUUGAAGCAAAAUAUAAA